GAACUUCUUCGUCACAGGAUGUUUACAGCUGGAAACGCUCGCAGAUGUGAGACGCGUAUGACGUAUUCGACGGCUUGCUGAUGAUUGUUGCGAGGAUUCUAAAAUGACAAGUUACAUGGUGAUCACGACGACGUGCGAGCUGACGAUUCGGUAAACGUGCGAGCGAAAUUUCGGACACGACGACGCCGAUCGGCACUACUAUCGUCAUCAUGCACGGCGACCUCAUUCUGGCCGCUGUUUAACCGAACAACGCAAUUGUCUCCGUUUUCUAUGUCGCCUUGGCCCUUUGAAUAAAUUAUGAGUGUGGACAGCGAGAAUAAGUCGAAUGAAGCGGCGAUGGCGCCGUAUGCUUCGUCGACAGAGCCGGAAAACGGCGCCGACGGAUGUGUCGGAGGUGUACCUGUGACUCCAGAAAUGGUGCUCCGAUUACCUACUAUUACAGAUAAGUAUCUCUGCUCGCCUGAGGCCAAUAUCUACGAUAUAGAUUUCACCAGGUUCCAGAUUAGGGAUAUUGAGACUGGUGCUGUAUUAUUUGAGAUUACAAAGCCUCCUGCUAGUGAAUGUGAUACCCAUCAAGAUCCAGAGCCAGAAUGCGAAGAACUUGGAUCUGAGGAUGCAAAUACAGGUCGCUUUGUGCGCUAUCAGUUCACGCCGCAAUUUCUCAAACUGAAAACUGUCGGAGCGACAGUCGAGUUUCUCGUAGGGCCUAAACCGGUCAAUAACUUCCGGAUGAUAGAACGACACUUUUUCCGAGACAGGCUGCUGAAAACCUUUGACUUUCAAUUCGGAUUUUGCAUACCAAACAGCAAGAACACAUGCGAGCACAUUUACGAAUUUCCAACAUUGCCUGCCGAUCUGGUUUCCGAAAUGAUCGCGAAUCCGUUCGAAACGCGCUCCGACUCGUUUUAUUUCGUCGACAAUCAGCUUGUGAUGCACAAUAAGGCCGACUACGCAUACAAUGGUGGACACACGCACGAUGUAUUGUAGUGUGCGGCUUGUUGAUUAGUACUAUUGCAAAUUAUAUAAAUAUUGAAUUUUUUAUAGUAUCGCAGUUACACAUGUUACAGCGUUACGAUGACGUAUGAGCUGCACGCGUUUGAUAUAUUUCGUCUUUCGGCACGAGAACGAGCUUAAAGAUUCUUGCGAAUUGGCAUCGAAUCACCGAACACACGCGAGUAUUGUUGCAACGGAAACGCUUUCUACAAGCUCUCUCCUGUUUCGUCGAGAAGUUUGAUCGUUGAAUAGUUCCUAUUUUUUUCUUUAUAACGCACUAUUUAUUUGUAAGUUAUUGAGACAAAAAUCGUCGUACUUAACUUUAUAAGAGACUUUAUUAGCGUUCAUUCUUGUGUGAUAAGCUCGUCCACGACAAGCAUUGCCGUUCGAGUAUGUGCAGCGCACCGACACAUGGCCUUUAAAUAGAACUACAUUGUGGUUCGGCACAAGAUCUGUUCUCUCUAAUCUUUACAGUACAGCCUACACAGAUUUUCUAUGGCAAUAUGGAGAACAAACUGCUAAGAGAGAACGAGAAAUUGACAAGACCUGUGUUCUUCGAGAUUCGCAGUGGCGCUUUUCGCACCGCGACAAACCGCGAUUUCUUUUUACCGGAUA